AAACAAAAUUCUUUCCAGAAUCUCGGCCGUGUCAUCCAGUGCCAGUCCACGGUUUUAGCCAAGUUUGAUUCAUUUUCUUGAAAUUUGCAAAGUGUUUCAUAGUCAUAGUUGCUACAAUGUUUAUCAAACCAUUCAAAGUGAAAAGCAACAUCCUGGUUACGGGGUCGGAGCGGAAACGACUGAAGCAGCGAGCCCAAUCCCAAUUCGCUGCAUCCGAAACGUCCCCAAUGGCGGAGCUGUUUGGCAACAAAUGCAAGGUCUGUGUGGUUAAAAUUGUGACCUACGGCGAGUGCCAAGUCACGGUUUAUACUAGCGAUAAGCGGCCGGUGUUCUUUGAGCUGGACGGCAAGCUGAUACCGACCGUUUACACCCUGUGGGCGGCGCCCGAUAUGGUCCCGGAGUUUACCACACACCCGGCAGUGCUUCCUAAGCUUGCAAAUGGGGCGGAUUUGAUGAUUCCGGGUGUGGUUGGCCGCGGAACUAGCAUGAAAUCGUGGGGAAACUAUCGGAAGGAUGACAUCGUUGCAGUUAAUCUAACGUCAAACCGGGCAGCCGUUGGUGUUGGCCUGUUAGCCCAUUCCAGUGACGAUCUGUACAUGUGCGGUGGCCGCGGAAUUGCCGUUCGAAUGAUGCACGUAUUCGGAGAUAAGCUGUGGGGAAUGGAACCAUCGGUGUGCCAGCAGGUUCCCCUGAUGGGAGCCAUUCAAGCAGUUCCGAAGCUAGAGGACGACUUUCCUCCACUGGGAGCACCCGAACCGGUGGUGGAUAAGAAGAAGCCAAUGGUGAACGAAGUGACGGAGAAGCUGGCGGAAGUGGACGUCAACGGGGAUGAGGUGGAGGAAGACGAUCAAGACGAAGAGUCUGAAGAGGAGGCUCAGCCCGAUCCGGACAAGCUUAUACGAUCAGCGUUUUUGAAUGCUAUCAAACUUCAGGGAAAAAAGAUUCCCCUUCCCAUUCUGACGAGUACGUUCUACCCCCAGUAUGUGCAACCGGAACUACCCGAAGGAAUCGAAAUGAAACGUAGCUCGUACAAGAAGGUUGGCACAUUCCUGAAGGAAAUGGCCAAAGAUGGUGUGAUUCAAAUCAAGGAAGAAAAGAAGGGAAUCGAAAAGAUUGUAUCUAUCAAUCUGGAACAUCCUGAUGUAGUAUCCUUUUACCCUUACAAAAUGAAGAAACCGGACGAUGCAGAAGUGAGCUCAGCGGAUCAAAGUGCUUCCACUCCUCUACUCUUAACGAAAAUGGUAGAAAUGUAUGCUGUGAACGAGGUGACUGAGAAGUUGUUCGGAAGCUUGGGAGUUGCAGUGGGGAAGGCACUGGACGAGACUCAAGUCCGGAACUAUGUCAAGGAUUAUGUAGGACGAAACAAAUUGAUAGACGUUCAAAGUAAAAUGGUUACUCCGGAUGAAACGCUGAGGCAAAUUUGUGGAGGUACCGAAACAACGCUCUAUUCCGUACCGGAAGUGAUUGAUCAUGUUCUGCGGAAUAUGACCAGCACGUUUGAAAUGCGGAGCCAGAAGGGCCCUGUUACCAAAGGCGGCAAACGAGCAAUCAUUCAUCUGACGACUGCCACCCGGUCUGGCAACAAGAAGGUUACGCUUAUCAGCAAUCUGGAAGACUAUGGCGUAAAUGUGGCCGAAUUUGCCAAGGCCGUUAAGCUGGGUGCUGCAGCCAGUACCAGCAUGGCCGAAGUGCCUGGUACCAAGGGCGAACAGUUGCUGGUGCAGGGAAAUCACAUCAAAUUCGUGUACGACCUCCUGACCGGGACCUACCAGAUACCGAAGGCGUGCAUCACUGGGCUGGAGUUCGCCAAGGAGCAGAAAAAGAAGAAGAAAAAGUAAGGUAAGUGCCCGAAGCGUACUGUUUGAUCUACUAAAAUAUAUUUAUUGUAAAUGUGA